AUGCGCGACGAUGAGUUCAUCAAUGGGGCGACGGACUUAUCUGAAGACUUCUAUUCGUCGAACUCAUUUACUGAUAACCUCUUAUCAAUCUUGGAGGACCGCACGGAGGGACAUAAAGAGCAGCCGUUCUUCUCCUAUCUCGCUUUCACGGCGCCGCAUUGGCCGUUGCCGGCGCCACAGGAUGCAAUCAAGAAAUACAAGGGGUGGUACGAUGAUGGGCCGCUUGCCUUGCGGAGUCGGCGACUGAAGAGUCUAAUCGCGAACGGUCUAGUGCCCGAGGGGGUCGAUCCGGCUCCGAUCAUCACGUUGGGGACUACGCCCUGGGAUGAGUUUUUCGAUGAAGAGCGGCAGAUGUCUAGUCGGACGAUGGAGAUUUACGCCCCCAUGGUUGAAAUCAUGGACGCGAACCACGGCCGGGUGUGGGAGUACCUCGAGUCGUCGGGCGAAUGGGAUAAUACUUUUCUGGUCUUCGUUUCGGACCAUGGGAGAUCUGCCAACACUUUCCCUGUCGUGAAGAGAUGUUCGGCUCGCCGAUCCCAGAGCAUAUCACCGGUCGUUCAUCCGUGA